AUGUGGUCGUCGCCAGGGAGAGAAGUGGAGGGGGAGAGGAUGGGGGCGUCGGCAUUGGCGGUGGAGGGGAGGUCGGCUGUGGACGAGAGAUUGCCGUCGGCGGUGGGUGGGUGGCCAGUGGUGGAGGGGAUCUGGAUCGGGGGUUGGGUUCUCCCGCCGCGACGGGGUCCGGUACAGGGACAGGCAGAGCCGGCCCAUGGGCAGCACGGGGACUCCUCCGACGCCGCCGCCGCCUCCGCCUCCCCGAGAGCCGUGGCGGCCGAUGCCUCCUCCACCUCACCACCACCUCUCCCCCCUGCAGCGCCCCUCGAGCGGCCCCAGGAAGAGCGGGGCCGCGAGCAGGCCGGAGGCUCGUGCUCCGCUGCGGCGGCGGGGGUCGACCGGGAGGGCGAGGGGCUCGACCCCGCAGCUCCUUCUUCGGCGCCUUCUCCUCCGAGCUCCGACAGCAGCAGCCCCGACGGCGCCGACGCCGCGGCCGCCGGAGCCGGGCCGUUCAACUGCAGUGUGGUGUUCCAGCAGAUGCUACAGGAACAGACGGCCAUCAAGGAGGCGGGCGGGCCGUUGGCUGAGGGGGCGGGCAAGAGGAAGAGGCCGGAGAAGGCGCAGGUGAAAUCGUCGCACGCCAUAGGGGAGCUCUGGAACAAUCUUAGAAAGUUUUUUCAUGGAGAAUCACCAGGUUAUGUGCACUAUUCACAACAUGUGAAUCACCAGACACAUCCCAUGACUGAAGUCAGAAAGUAUUAUUUGGUUUCUGAUUUGGCUACGGGACAAGGAGUGGACCAUCUUGAUGCCUAUUCAAAAUUUAGACCGGUGACUGGAGAUGGGGAGUGUUUCUACAGGAGCUUCAUAUUUUCCUACCUGGAGCAAGUUCUUGAUAGGCACGACACACAUGAGGAACACCGUCUCCUUGAUGCUCUUAAAAGAGUGUCUGUGCAACACGCAGAUCUUAGAUGGACCUCUGAAUUUCCCAGGAGCUACAGAGGGAUGCACAAUUUCUUACAGUAGUGGCAUGCCAUUGCAGUUUUACACUGUUGGCACAAGCUCAAAUUUGAAGUUUAUUGUGACCUUAACAACCCGAUCGUAAAUACGGCCUUAACAUAAUUUUACUUGCAAUAACAACAGCAAUAUAACGGGGAAAUAACAUAAUUUUAUGCUCGUUUGAGUACUGCAACAAUACACUGGUUAUUAUUAUGUAGCCAUCUCACUGUUUUGUUCCUAAGCUAUAUAUGCUUAAUGACUGACACUUCUCAGGCCAGUUGUCUUAGCUGUGUUCUUUCUUAUCUUGCUAUGGAUCAAUAUUCUGUAUGUAUUAUUGUAACCUAUGUGUAAUGAUAUUCCACUGAACUAUUUGAGUCGCUGAUUCUUUCAGGCAUUUAAGAAGCUGAUUAAGAAAGUAAAGAGAUGGAAGAGGCAUGGCAGGUGGAAGUGGAACAGCAUAGCAUCAACUAGCAGCUACCGCAAAGAGAAACUUCUCGAGUUCUUCAGAAGUUAUGAUACGACGGAAGACAUUCUUACUUUCCUCAGAUUAGUAGUAGCUAUCUGGAUAUGCUCGCACGGGAAGCAGUAUGAGCCGCGUAUACCAGGGCUUGAUAGACGUUACAGUCUGAAAGAUUGUGCUUUCAGCACGUCACUCCAUCUCGUCAGUACGCGGACCAUGUUAUGAUGACGGCCUUGGCCGAAGCGCUUGAGGUACCACUUAGAGUGGAGCAACUCAAUGGAGGACCUGCUCAGGAUAUCUACACCGGUCCUGGACCUGGAGUUCCCCAUGUGAGUGUGACGCUUCUGUACACGGGCAAUCACUACGACGUCCUCUACCCACACGCUCCUCCUACCGAGAGUUCAAGUCAGCAGACCUCCUGAAGAAAUCAUCCUGCUGAUUAGAGUUGGAAGUCAACAGAUUCUGCUGGAUGUUGCUGAGUUUAGGUGGUAGAGUUAGACAAACUGGGUACCCAUAUUAUACACUUGUGCAUUCUUCUUCUGUUGGCACAAACUGGCUGCUCCCUUGUCAGAAGAUUGACAAGGAAGAACUCGUGCUGUGCUUUGUCUGAAUUGUUGGCUGGUGUACUGUGAAUCUUCUGUGAUCAGAUGACAUUCCAACUUGUUAAUUC